GUGCCUGAACCAGCCCGCACGUUCUAGAUAGCUCUUGACUGACUCGGUAUGGCGCCGGCCAAAUUUGAAUCCAGUUUGCCUGCGGAACUCCCGGACACCAUACACAGCCAGCGCGCCAAAGCUAGCAUCUCCAUCCCCUCCACCUAUUCUCUACACCCUGCUACGGUUGCAUCUUCUUGCUUUGCUUUCGCCUGCAUCUAGCCUGUGGGAUCUACGGGUGGGAGCUGAAGUGCAUAGGCAACAGAUUUGGGUUUUGCAACUUCAGAAGACCAGCCUCGGCGUCCCGCAUGACUCUGUGUCAACAUUCCGGCCUGAAUAUCAGCUCAUUUGCUUCACAUUUAUCAGUGUCAGAUGUACCGAUGAAUCCUGCACAGCGUAAGCGCUAUCGUGACCGGGAUAGAUACUUGGGAAUGACACCAAUUCAAAGAGAAGCUUAUUUACAGAGGAAUCGUGAGUACAAACGAGCUAAACGAGAUAACAAUGCAAGUGGUAGUAGUGCACAGUUCAUAACUGGGCAAACAAAUAUCCAGUCAAAUAUGUGCCACCCAGAUAAUGGAACUUGUGGCACAGUUAGUCAGUCUGGAGUAUAUGCAUCUUCUACUUCUCUUGAAUAUCAAGAUGCAGAUAUUGCAUUGAAAAAUAGCAGUCAACGUAAGCGGCAACGUGGCACUAGCUGGUACUCACACUUGACACCAGAACAAAGAGAAGCAUACUUGCAAAGGAAUCGUGAGUAUAAGAACAGAAGAAAGUCUCAGUUAGCAGGUUGUAGUAAUCCACACGAUAAGACUGAUUGGGUAGGUUGCAGUAAUAGAAAAAAAUAGAGCUGGACAAAGUGACAGCUUACUUAGUCAACAUACUUAUAUGGAAGUUCAUGACCAUAUGGUUUCUGAAUCUGAAGAUGCAAUCUACGUCCCAAUGAAUAUUUUUCCUGCUAACCAAGGUAAUAUCAGUGAAAAUGGAGAUGACAUGACAGUUGAAUAUGGGCAAACCCAGGAUAUGCUUGAAGGCGAUGAUGAAGAUGAUGAGAGCUAUAUAUUAUGUGGACGAGGUUCUGAAUAUGCGUCCUAUCAAGAACCAAGCCGUGCAAUUCGUGAAACACAAGCUGAUCCAUAUGAUCACAUAUAUCAGAAUUUACCAAGUGGUAAUCAUGUCUUGGAGGCAGUACCUAAUUGCAACCAUUGCGGCGCAAAAAGGUUUCAGUAUGAGAAACCAACAUUUUGUUGUAUGGGAGGCAGAGUCACGAUAGUAACUCCAAGUGUUCCUGACGAACUGCGUCGAUUGUACACAAGUCAAGAUCCAGAAGCUAAGUUUUUCCAAGAUAAUAUACGGUACUUCAAUUCACACUUUUCGUUUACCUCUCUUGGUGUUAUGUUAGACCAGCGAUAUUGCAAUAAAAGGUCUGGAGUUUACACUUUCCGUGCACAAGGUCAAAUGUAUCAUGGAAUUGACCAAUUGGUUCCAACGGGGGAUGGCCCCAAACAUCUACAACUAUACUUUUAUGACACUGAUCUGGACUUGCAACAUAGAUUCCGACACUCCCCUAAUCUUGAUAGAGUUCUAAUCAGAAAGUUGACGCACAUACUUUCACAUAGUAAUCCUUAUGCCCAAGCAUUUCAAAGCCUUGGUUCAGUCUCAAAUCUCGAUGAAUAUCGAAUUGAGCUUAACACAGACAUUUGUUUAGAUCAACGAGUAUAUAAUGCACCCACUACGUCACAAGUAGCAGCAAUCUGGGUAGAGGGAAAUAAUCCACAAGGUCACUUUGAGAGGAGUAUAAUUGUAUAUGGUAAAUCAGAUAAGCCACAAUACAUAAAAGCAUACCAAGGUUGCUACGAUCCACUGUCAUACCCACUUUUCUUCCCGAAUGGGGAAGUUGGUUGGAACCUGAAUAUACCGAAAGUUGGAAAAAAUGCAACUCUUAAUAGCCAUCAAGUAAAUGACCUCGAUGAAGAAGGUAAAUAGUUAUAUAUUUUGAGGGUGUAGUCAUUUCUAUUUUUUUUUCAUAAUUUAAUGUAAACAUUUUGCGUUGUAUAGGGCAAGAGUACAACUCCGGUUCUUGUGUUUCACCAAGGGAAUAUUAUUGUUUCAAAUUGCAAAUUCGAGACAGAGAAUUUAAUGUCUUACUUUUUGGAAAACGACUCACUCAACAAUACAUUGUUGAUAUGUACAUAAAGAUUGAAUCAAUAAGAUUGGCAUUCUACUUAAAACCAUCAAAUCAAAUUCUCAUACGAGCAGAUCUGUAUCAAGGGUUGGUUGAUAGUGUUGUUGCUGGUGAGACCCGUGCAUGCAUGAUUGGAAGGCGCAUUGUACUCCCUCCCUCUUUCAUUGGGGGUCCGAGGGACAUGCGUCGAAGGUAUUUGGAUGCUAUGGCCUUGGUGCAGCGGUUUGGGAAACCAGAUUUAUUUCUAACGAUGACAUGCAACCCAAAUUGGGAAGAGAUAAUAAAAGAGCUCGCACCCGGCCAAUCGGCGCAAGAUCGACCAGACUUGGUAGCACGGGUCUUUAAGGCAAAAUUAGAGGAUCUGAAGAAGCUUAUAUUUAAGAAGAAAUUCUUUGGGGAAGUUGCUGCUCACGUGUAUGUGAUUGAAUUUCAAAAAAGGGGACUUCCCCAUGCACAUUUCUUGAUAAUUCUGAAGUCAAAUUACAAAAUAAACAACCCUGACCAGUAUGACCAGAUUAUAUCCGCCGAAAUUCCUGAUAAAGUUAAGUAUCCAGUGCUGCACGAUUUAGUUAUUAAACACAUGAUACAUGGUCCAUGU